AUGAGAUUUCCUCCGCAUCAGUUGCUCUCCUUGCUUUUCCUUUGGGUUGGCGCGAUUGAAAAUGCAAACAUUUCCGCGCUUGUCGUCGAAAACACAGAAAUCGCCGUGAACUUUGAACGUACUAAUUGGGCGACCGGGUCCGUCGCGCAGGAUCCCUUCUACCGACCGCCGCCAGUGACCAAUUCAACGCCUCCUGGCACCGUUCUGGCGGUCGAAGAAUUCACAGACACAACGGUGUAUACCCUGCCGCCAGGAUUGUCACUUUCUCGCAUUCUGUAUGUUACAGAAACUCUAAACGGCACAGCUAUCCCAGCCUCAGCCUAUGUGUUGUGGCCAUUCCAACCAAAAGCUUUCCGCAGCGAGUACUCGUCCCUCAAUGUCUCUGGUGUGCCCGUCGUAGGAUUUGCCCAUGGCACAAGCGGUGUUUUUGGCGAAUGCGCUCCGAGCCAUAUCCGGAAUCUUUGGUAUCAAUAUUCAGCGCCAUACACUCUCGCUCUUCAAGGCUACGCCGUUGUAGCGCCGGACUAUGCGGGAUUGGGAGUGAACCGAACGUCCGAAGGCGAAGACAUCCUUCACGCCUAUCUCAACAACCCUGCGGCAGCCAACGACGUUUUCUACGCAGUCGAGGCCGCACAAAAUGCCUUUCCAGAAUUAUCGAAACAGUUUGUUACGAUGGGACACUCCCAAGGCGGAGGAGCUUCUUGGGGAGCCGCCCAACGACAACACUCGCGCCCUGUGACGAAUUAUCUAGGUACCGUCGCUGGUAGCCCAGUCACCAAUGCUGCCGAAUUGAUUGCAAUCAAUCCGGCCAAUGUAGCCAUCGUCGGCCUUUUGUCGCGCGGAUUGCAGUCAAUAUACAAAACUUUCACUGAUAAGGAAUGGCUCACGGAAGCGGGAGUCGCACUCAAUAGCCUAGCCAAGGAAAUUCAAGGUUGCAACAGCGCGGAUUAUCAACUAUAUUCUGACCCAACGCAAUGGCUGCGCCCCGAUUUUGCCGAGAGCUGGUACCUGGGCGCGUAUGUCAAUCUGACAUCCGUGGGCCGACAACCAAUUUCCGGACCCAUGCUUGUAUUUCAAGGUACUCAGGACCAGGCUGUUAACCAUACAGUGACUUCGAGAGUAGUCCAAGACACUUGCUCAUUAUACCCCGAGAGCCAGAUUGAGUACGCAAUUGUCGAGGGUGCAACACAUGUUCCGGCACUCUAUGCCGUACAGCAAUUGUGGCUUGACUGGAUCGAGGACAGGUUCAUGGGUGUGAAAGUCGAAGCAGGAUGUCGCUCGAGGAAUAUUUCGAGCUUGCGACCGGUGGCCAACUACCAGCCGGAGCUUUCAUAUUAUCUGCAAUACGCGCUGGAACCAUAUGUUGUGGCGUGA